AUGCCAAAGCACGUCAAGCCAGCACGACAGCAAGUGAUUAACACCCCAGUCGCACAUGAGAUGAGCAAGAAAGUGACCAUCAACGGAAAGACUGUGACGGUCACAUCGAAUGCUGCUGUUGGAGGGAAAGGGAACAUGAGAAUGAAGCCAAAGGUCCAACACAAGGGUGCUGCCGUAGAUGCGAAGAAGAUGGAGGCGACGAUGAAAACGCUCAAGGCACAGCAAGUCCAAGCCAUCGACGAAUGUGAGAUGAUCCAGAAGCAUGAAGGCAACUAUACUAUAACCAACUGGAAGAGCCCAAAAAUCUCAACUAUUGCUGAGGGAGGUGUCUUCUUCGUCUCCGGUAAAAACGCCGUCAAAAAUAUGACCGAAGAGGAAUUCAACAAGGCCGCUCAAGAACAGAUCGAAGAAAUCACAAAACAAUUCAAGGCCCCCGAAAAGACCGAAGAAAAGGUCGCUGAGGCCCAAGAGGAAAAGAAGGAAGAAACAGAAGUUAAAAAGGACGAACCAAAGGCCGAGGACAAAAAGGUCGACGUCGAAAAGACAGAUUAA